UUUUUAAAGCAAACCUUUUUCUUGCUUGUCAAGUUCCCCCACUUCCUCCCCUAACAAACCGCACACGGCAUCCCCCGUGAACCCUAAAACUCCCCCUUGUCUCCCAAAAGCACAACUGCCUGCCCCAAUUCCAGAUUCAAAUCCCCAAAUUGUAAAAGAAAUAUUAAUAAAACAUCAAAUAAUCAUAAACGAAUCACCGUCCCUGGCAUUCUUCACGCCGAAUCUUCAAUGUCCAUUAAAAUUUUCGAUGGUGCAAACUGAAUCGGAUUCAAAUUGAGGUUUUGAUUGGUUGGGUUUUUUUUUUUUUUAUUAGUGUUCGAUAGUGAGAGAUGUGAGUGAAAUCGGGUUGCCGCGGUUGGGUCUAGUCCGGUGGUUUCCAGGGAUGGUCAGAAAUGGCUCGAGAGGGGGAAAUGGUGCCGGUGGACCCACAUUUGGCGGUGGUGGCGGUGAAGAAGAAGUCCUCUCGGAGUUGGGUUUUAUUGGACUGUAAUGGAAAAGCUACAGUCUUGGACGUGGACAAGUAUGCCAUCAUGCACAGAGUUCACAUUCACGCUCGCGAUCUUCGCAUUGUCGACCCUUUGCUCUCUUACCCUUCCACCAUUCUCGGCCGUGACAUGGCCAUAGUUCUCAAUUUGGAGCAUAUUAAAGCAAUAAUCACUGCCGAAGAGGUGCUGCUUCGGGAUCCCUUGGAUGAAAACGUUAUUCCGGUUGUUGAAGAGCUUCAAAGACGGUUGCCUCCUGUUAAUGCCACAUGUGAAAGUCAAACAGACGGGAAAGAGUUCCCUGCUGGGCAAAAUGAUACUGAGGCGGGUGAUGAAGAUGAGUCUCCAUUUGAGUUCCGGGCCUUGGAGGUAGCUUUGGAAGCAAUUUGUAGUUUUCUUGCUGUACGUACGACAGAACUUGAGACUGCUGCUUAUCCUGCUUUAGAUGAACUUACGUCUAAGAUUAGCAGCCGCAAUUUGGAUAGGGUUCGUAAAUUGAAGAGUGGAAUGACGAGGUUGACUGCUCGGGUACAAAAGGUGAGGGAUGAGCUUGAACAGCUGCUGGACGAUGACGAUGAUAUGGCUGACCUUUACUUAUCAAGAAAGCUGGCUGGUGCAUCUUCACCAGUUAGUGACUCUGGUCCUGCCAAUUGGUAUCCUGCCUCCCCUACCCUAGGCUCAAAAAUAUCACGUGCAAGUAGAGCAACUAUGAUCACUGUUCGUGGAGAUGAGAAUGACGUUGAGGAACUUGAAAUGUUACUUGAGGCUUAUUUUAUGCAGAUUGAUGGCACCUUGAACAAAUUAGCAACGCUGCGUGAAUAUAUUGAUGAUACAGAGGAUUACAUUAAUAUACAGCUCGAUAACCACAGGAAUCAGCUGAUUCAGCUUGAGCUUUUUCUUAGUUCCGGGACUGUAUGCGUCUCCAUGUUUUCAUUGGUGGCUGGAAUUUUUGGCAUGAAUAUUCCAUAUACGUGGAAUGACGGUUACGGAUACAUGUUCAAAUGGGUUUGCGUUGUCACGGGAAUUUUCUGUGCUGUUGUUUUCGUAAUAGUCAUAUCAUAUGCUCGCUCCAAGGGUCUGGUCGGAUCUUGAACAUCAUUAAGGAGCCCUGCAAUUGAUCUUUUGAAUCUUCUGAAAAUAAAUAGGUGUCGAGGAUUUUUCCGCAAAGCUAUGUGAAGGAGUUAAAAUCUCUUGCUGAGUUUGGUGAAUUUUUCCCCUUAAACACUGCCGAUUAUAGCUGCUACGGUUAAGGAGAUUGCAAAGUUUUAUAAUUAUCAAACAUAACAGGAUUCCGUC